GAAAGACAGAAGACCUGCUGAGACCUGUAGUUAUGGGAGAAAUGUGGUGUCAUGACAUCACAGUCGGAUUCCACUCUGGCUUUGACCCUCAUCAGUGAGACGAGGCAGUCAGGAGCCAGUGGUGAAGCUGUGAGGUUGGAAAUUUGAGUGAAAUCUAUGAGGAAAAUUCUUCUGAGGAUUCAGCAUCAUCAGCAUGCAUACUGAAAUUAUCUUUCACAGAGGAGGUAGUGUGAUUCAAGUUCAACCAUGAACGGGCUCUCAAAGACAUCUCUGGACCUCCAGGACACAAAGAGAAUACAUAACUUAUGGAAAUCCAGAAUGCAUAACUUCAUCCAGAGUCCAGUGCCAUGGAGGAAAAUCAACAGACAGGAAACAAAUGAAACAAGCCUACUGGGAGAAUCCCUUGAGACACUCCUUUCCAAGAAAUGUGGACAAAAAGCAUUUAGGGACUUUCUGAAAUCAGAGUUCUGUGAGGAAAACCUGGACUUCUGGCUCGCCUGUCAAGAGUUCAAAACCUCUGACAGUCAAGAGGAUUUGACACGGAGAGCAGCGAGUAUUUAUAAAGAGUUUGUCAAUGCCGAGUCUCCCAAACAGGUAAACUUAGAUUUCCACACAAGAGAGAUCAUCAGCCAGAAUCUCCAGCAGCCAACUCCAACAUGUUUUGUUGUGGCACAGAGGAAAAUCUACAGCCUGAUGGAGAACGGCUCCUUCCCACGCUUCAUUCAAUCUGAGCAAUACAAAGUCCUGUCUGAUGCAGCUUCUAAGCACAGAGGCCUUGGGAGGCACAGAAAGGCCUUGAAGAUAAGGAGCACCAGAGAUCUAAUGCAGCAUGAUUCAAAACCAAUCAGUUUGCAGUGUGAGCUCUAGCUCUUGCUCAAGAACUGACAUCACGCAAGUUGAUGGUUUACAGACACAGGCUCAGGAACUGCUGUUGACAGACACUGUGGCACUUCCCCUCUGCUCUGCAAUGUCACCUUAACAACACAGUGUCUGACAAGACUGAAAGCUGCCAGAGUAAUGCACAUAACACACUGCAGGCAGUGCCAUCUGGUGCACAGUGAGUAGUGGACAUCACCAGAGGUUAAACUGUACCAGAACUUUCUGUACCCUGUGGUGCUUCUGGCUUGUAUAAAAAAUAACCUUAAUAUUUAUGGUUUUAUAUAAGAGUAAUGCACAUGACUGCAGGGCUGUUGUGUAAUUUGUGAUUUUGCACUUAAUGUUUAUGGAAAUCUGAAUGAUUUUGCCAUGUAUGCAUCAUGACACAUUACAAAAGUACAGACUUUAUUUUGUAGUGAAAUCAUAAAAUUGUUAAAUGCAAAAACUCAUAUCUGUCUUCAUGGCUGUCAUAAAAAGGUAUCCCGUCUCCUUACAGUUGAUGUGCUACUGCCACCCAGUGGUGACUGGGAAAACAAUAUUACAUUUUGAGCUACUGGUUGUGUACAACAAUGAGCCUUUAUGACAAUGAUAGGUUAUGAUGAUAUUUGUUAUUAACUGCAUUGCUCUGUUUGUUGUAUAUCACAUAACCUCACAAAUUCCUACAAAAAAAAUACAUGUCAGUUUUAUAAUUUGGGGCGGCAGUGCCUCAGGGACCUGGGUUGGGCACCGCAGGGUUGCCGGCUCAAAUCCUCGUCUGGACCAAAUAUGAAGUGUGGACUGGCAGCUGGAGAGGUGCCAGCUCACCUCCUGGGCACGAACUGGCACCUUAAGCAAGGCACUGAGUUGCCCAACUGCUCAGGGCGCCUGUCCAUGGGCAGAACCCUCAUGCAUGUAUAGGUCCUAUUUGUGCACGUGUGUGUAUUUCAGGCCUGUGUGUAUAUGACAACAGAGUGAAGAGAGUAAAAAGGUGAUCCUAAAUAAGUUUGAGAGAUAUCAGUUUCAGUCUGUUUGAAAUCCUUUCUUGUCAGUUUCCCGACAAGUAAAAAUGUUUAGAUUGUCUGAAGUCCUCAAUUUAUGAGAGUAAGAAAACAGUACAAUUGGUAAUUCUUUUCGUUUCUGUUUGUCUUUUCAACUUAUGAUUUUAAAUUGAAACUGAAGCGCCUACAUGGAAUUCAGCCAUCGGUAAUUUUACCAUUUACAGCUGUACAUUUACUGUGACAUGUCAAAAUGUCCUCCAUAGUAACUGUGUCCACCAAUAGGCCUUUACAGCCUGGCUUUAUCAAAGCUUCAACAAUAGGACUUGAAGAAUGAAAUUACAUUUACAGGAUGGCUGCUGAAAUCAUGAGCACUUCAUGGAGUGGAUGGUGUCAGAGACCAAACAGUCCUCAUACUGAGCAGUGGGUCAGCACUUGACUUCACUGACCUCUCCUCUGUGCCUGUCUCCAUGUUCUGUAGCCUGCCUACCUGUGGCAUUUCUAAUUUGAUUAUGGAAAUAGUGGCUCAAAACUGGCAGCAUCGAGAGGAGAAGGAGCAGGUACAGAGAGUGGAAACAAUGAGAUGAAGAAUGAAAGAGUACACAAAGAGGUAGUAGUACUACUUAAUAAAGUACACAGGAUAUAUCUGGACCAGAGGUACUAAAUGUAUAAACCUUACUGCUUGUGACCACCAGGUAGUGGUGGUGAGUAGGGUCAGUGAAUAGAUGUUUUACCUGGAAACUACAUUAAAAAAAUUGAAGUACUGUGAUGGGUGGAGGAUCAGUUGCGACGGGCCCCAGAUCACACUAUCACAAUGGACCCUGUAGUGCAUGCUUAUAAAGCACAAACACAGCUUCCAUAUAGACCUAUAUCAUAAGGUCUUGUUAAAUAAUCAAAGAAUUUGUAGUAGUAGUACUGCUAAUAAUAAAUAUCUCGCCUCUUCUCUACUACUACUACAUCCUGCUAGCACCCACUCGUACUACUAUUACCAGUAGUAGCAGUAGUAAUACUAUGAUUACUGCUACUACUACUACAACAGCUAUCACAACUACUACUUCUACUACAAGUAAUACUACUAACUAAUACUAAUACUGCUAGCAGUAGGCCUAUUAGUAUUACUAUGACUACUGCUACAGCUAUUACAACUACUUCUACUAGUACUAGUACUUUUAAUACUAUACUAAUGAUACCGCUACCUCUACUACUGCUGCUGCUGCUACUGACACUACUACGAUGAACUAUUGCAUUUUCAGCUAAGGAUUGAAUGUAUUUCAGCUUUCAGCAGCCACAGGUAUUUUCUGCAGUAAAUGUGUGUUUAUAU